AAAAUUAAAUAAUUAUUACCAAUUAAAGUGCAAACGCAGUGAAUUUGUUGUUAAAAACAAAAUUAAUAAUUUUCGAAUUGUUUAAGAAAUUUAAGCUUUAUUGUGGAAAAUUGCGUUUUUGCCUGACUGCCUAGUGUCAGAUUUCGCAAUUUGAGCUCGAAAUAAACUACAACAGCUAGUGAAAAGGCACACAAAGGACACAAACGUACACUUUUGGCGAGUCAUCGAGUAAAAGGCAGGCGUGCAAUAAUAAAUACAACAACAAUAAACAGCAAUUACGCAUAGUCUCUACUGCUUUCGAAGUUCGAACGCAUAAAGCUUGUUAAUUUCGAAAACAACCCCCCGACAGCCCAGUCCAACACAUAAGGCACGCAAUCAAAAAACUAAAACAACAGCGCAAAUUAGCGCCCACCACCCACACACACCACCUACCGUUGCCUACCGUCUCUGUGAGUGUCACAGUUACAGUCGCCGUCAGUGCUAGGGUACCUACAUACAUAAUUGGCAGCAAUUUUGUAGACAAAAGCGUUUGCGGUCUAUCCAGUACACCUUGCCGCACCCUAUCGCCCACACGCCUAGCACAGCAGCCGUUAGCCGUUAGCCGAAAUCAGUAGCAACAGCAGCAGUAGCAGCGGUAGUGCCAGCGCCAGCAACUGAUAUUCCAUUUCUCUCAGUGCUCAGUGCUUUUAGUCCAGCAGUCGCAGCGCAAAGUAUCGAAACAGCGCGAGUAACAUCUAAUCGGUUUCAUUUAAAACUUCACUGCGAAAAUGGGCAAGAAAGAUAAGAAGAAGGAAGAGGCGGAACCAGCACCAGCAGCCGAUGCCCCACCAGCUGAUAAUGCCGCAGGUGAGGGCGGUGAUGGAGAGAUUGUCGGUGGACCGCGCAAUCCUCAACAGAUUGCAGCACAAAAACGGUUACAGCAGACGCAGGCACAAGUCGAUGAGGUCGUCGACAUAAUGCGAACAAAUGUGGAGAAGGUGCUUGAGAGAGAUCAAAAGCUAUCGGAAUUGGAUGAUCGAGCUGAUGCCUUACAACAGGGUGCUUCGCAAUUUGAGCAACAAGCUGGUAAACUAAAACGAAAAUUCUGGUUGCAAAACUUGAAGAUGAUGAUUAUUAUGGGCGUUAUUGGACUGGUCGUUGUGGGCAUUAUUGCAAAAGCAUGGGUAGUACCAGCCGUUUCUGCCGUAGACGAAACUGUUUCCGCACAUUCACAACCCGAAUACGUGCAUACCGAUCACAAUAAUAACAAUGCUAUUGGCAAACACACAAAACCAUCCAAAUCACACAAAAACAACGCAUCCGAACAUUCACGAACAUCGUCGGCAUCCGAAACCGCAAACGAAAACGAAUCUGAAAAUCAAUCUAUUAACGAACCUGAAGCUCACGCCUCCAAACACAAUCGGCACGCACAUGAAUCCGAAAAAGAACAUGCACGCGAACACGUGUCCGAAACUGAAACGGCACACGAAGAUGCACCCGAGCAUACCAUACAGCGAACACCCACCAACAAUGAGGAGGACGGCAAUCCUCCGGCUGCCAAUGCAUAAAAUAAUCGUACAACAUAACUCAAAAUUUCCAUAAAUCCAAAUAGUUAAACAAAAUUGAAGAUAAAUUAAACAUUACAUACUCGUAACAUACUGUAACCAUUUUUUCACAACCGAACUUGAUUGUGCUUUCGGCAAAUUUAUAAACUAGGAUUAAUAGGCGGCGAAACACAGCCACAAUAUCCACAGUAUCCACAAUACAUGCCACCACCACCACC